AUGGACAGUGAUGAACCGGAGCCGGGUCAGAAUAGAGGCAGUGGCAAAGAAGAAAAGGCAAAGAAAGUUGGGAUAAAUUUACCCAAUAAUAAUAACCACGGUAAUCUCAUCACUGCGUCCAAUGGUGAUGAUCUCAAGAACACCUUUCACCAAAUCAGAACUUCCAAAACCUCAGUACUCAAACCCUUUAUGCAUAUCUACAACCCCAAACAUAUACAUAGCUAA